UGUUUUGCAAAAUUAAAUUACUACAUAUCUUUCAGUUAUGAUAUGAUUGUGUUGGGUAAUAAAAUGUAAGAAAAUCCCGCAGAGUUAUUUAGCUCAGAAACAAUUCGACGGAAAAAAAGGGAUUAAGUUAAAAUAAGUCAAUGAUUUUUCACCUAUGUACUUGAAAUGUAUAGGUAAAUUGCGACGGAUCUCACGGAACGGAGUGUCUAUGAAGACGCUUAUGUGGAUAUGGACCCUUACGGAUCAGCCCGACUCUUCCGUUUACGUUUGUCCGUGAAACCAAUAAAAGCGGAGUAUUUGGCCACGGCGGUAACAAUGUUGCGUGAGUAAUGAUGGAGGAACCGGAAGAAAUGGGCAGUUGGGUUCGAAAGAGAAUUCUAGGUGCAGGAGGUUUUGGUCAGGUUUCGCUAUGGGAAAACUGCAAAACAGGCGAAUUACUCGCCAUCAAGAAGCUGGAGUACAGCUCGGACCGCCAGCUGUCGGAGCUGCAGAAGGAGCGCUGGUCCAAGGAGGUGCAGAUAAUGCUGCGGCUGUCGCACCCCAACGUGGUGAAGGCGUUGCCCGUGCCGGAGGACAUGGAGGGCUUCCUGACGGGCAUGCCCGUCCUCUGCAUGGAGUUCUGCUCCCGGGGCGACCUGCGGCAGGUGCUGAGGCGGAGCGAGAAUUGCUGCGGACUGCCGGAGUGUGACGUCCGGGCCAUCAUCGGAGACGUCACGAGUGCCCUGCAGUAUCUUCACAGCCAGAAGAUCACCCACAGGGACAUGAAACCAGAGAACAUUGUUCUGCAGGAACAAAAUGGAAUUGUUGUGUACAAACUCACGGACCUGGGCUACGCGAAGGAGUUGGACCAGAGCAGUUUGUGCACCUCCUUCGUGGGUACCUUGCACUACAUAGCACCGGAACUGUUCACGGACAAGAAGUAUACCAGUUCUGUGGAUUUCUGGAGUUUAGGACUUAUAACGCAUGAAGUGAUUACAGGGGUGAGGCCUUUCCUACACCCUAAUGCUCCUCCAAACUGGAUGGACAUUGUGAGAAAGAAGUCUCCCACUCACAUUACUGUGUACAAAGAGAAGACUGGGAAGAUAAUAUUCAGUCCUACGCUGUUUUCAGAAGUCCACAUUUCUUCAAUUUUGAAAUCCUACGUGGAGAAAUGGUUGCGAUUACUUCUGGAAUGGGAUCCAAGAAAACGUGGGCGGGACCUGAGCAAGCCUAAAGAAUCUCAAGUAAUAGUUUUCAACGUCAUCAACGAAAUACUAAAGAAGAAGGUUUUGACAGUCUUCUGCGUGGCCACGUAUUCCUGGCUGUCGUACGAGAUCGACGACAGCACUCCAGUGAGGACGGUUCAGGAGUGGAUCGAAAGGGAUGCGGAACUAGCAGUGGCAGAUCAGGAACUGGUUCUCCCGUCCGGCGACCCUGUUGACGUAGCCGGCGAAGCAGUCCAGUGCUGGGUUCCCCCAGAAACAUUCUACGAUGAUGAGGACGAGGCGAUGGUGUUCGCGUACCGCAAGGGAACGCUGCGGCUGCCCGAGGUGAAGCCCGUGUUCCCCGCCUCGGUGGUCGCCAUGCUCGAGUACCCCGAGGAGCAGCUGGACCCCCAGCAGCGCCGGAGGACGUGGGCGCACGCCUCGUACUUCGUGCGCCAGGAGCGCGACCUCUUCCGGCUCUACUGCGCCGCUUGCAAGAUCAAGGCUUUGCUGUUGGGAUCUUUGAAAAAGAAGAUGCACCAGCUGUACGAGGAGACGUUUCGCCUGAUGCUGCAGCUGGAAGCUCAAGAGAAGCUGUGUCAAGAGCUGCUGAACAUCGAUGUGGACGAGUGCAAGAAGAACGGUUUUGGGCCUCCGGUGAGCUGGAUCAAGUCCAUGGCUGUGGUUAAGGAGAAAAGGCAGAAGAUUCAGGAGCCGCUGAACCGCUUGGCUUCCUUGAGCGAGGACGUGGAGAGGAAGUCGGACCGGUUUCAAGUGAUCCCGGUCGUGGCCCGGUCCUGCGUCAUUCUGGACAAUUUGUUGAAGAAGGCGGAGAAUUGCUUCGACAGCUUGCGACGCAAGGAUCCCAGCGACAGGCAGGCAGACAAGAGCAUGGUGCGAGUGGUGUUCGACACACUGCAGUCCAGACACAAGAUGCUGCACGACAAAGACUUCAUUGCUCACGUCGAUGCUAUCGCCGGCACGCAGAUGGAGAUGGAAAAAGUGAUUUCCUGUCUUUCUUUAACCCAAGAGAAUAUUUUGGAUCUUAUGGAAGAAUUUAAAAGUACACAGCUCAUGCGGCAACAAAGCAUUUGGUCUUUCAUGAAGUUCCAAAACGACUCUAGAAGGGGAAACCACCAGCCGCUGGGUUCUGGGUCGUCUGAACUUCGAGGUCCUGUCGGUGCCUUGCCACGAAAGGACAGUGCCACGAGCUCGAGCAACCCAGAAGAGACCAACUCUGCCGCUCCCGAGCACUUGUCAAGGUUGGCAAUAGAGUCGCAUUCCUCUGGUUUGGAACGCGACAUAUCUACCGUGCCGACUGAGAACGAGCUGACAGUGGGGAUAACGCAGACUUCGGAAUCUCAGCCGAUUGACACGCCAUUACUGGUAGCAUCUGAGUUGGCACCCGAAACUUCAGCCACAUUUUUGUUGGGAUGGCAACCACAAGACGUGAACUACAAGUCUGUGGUUAUAAAUAACAUCUCUCUUAGGCACGAAACAAUGAAGCUGAUGGAGGAAACGUCAAAGAGCUUAACUGUGCUGAUGGACGAAACAAGCAGUUUGCUGCAGUUGGACGAAUCCGACACAAAGUAGCAUAUGAUUGGUGCCUGUUAUGGAAGAAGUUGGUAAAGAAGACUUAUGGAUGUGUUAAAGACUUAAUUUUUUUUGAAGUUAUACUUAUUUAGGCGCAUUAUGAAAAAAUGAUGAGUGAAAUUUUAAGAUGUGCACACAUCACUGUAACACAAAAUUAACAGGUUGAAGCUGCCUGCUAAACCGCUCAUUAAGUCUCGAAAGAAAGCUACCAACAAAAUAGAAAUAAAACCUCUAUUAUUCGUGCAUGUUGGCACACUUAAAAACUAUUUUUUAAUGAUGCCAAAGAAGUAUAACUUCUCACGCGCGUACAUAAGUACACGCACCCAUUUUUUUAAAAAUAGUAUGUAUAGAAAUGUUUUAUAAUCAGAUUUAAAUCUUGUGAAUACAAGUAAGUCCGUGCUAGGAACCAUAAUUUGCAGUUAUGUAUCAAGUAUUUUAAAAGGUAAAAAAAUAUGCAAGGUGUCUACUUGGUAAUGGUUGUGUUUUUUACAACGCUUAUUGUUAGCUUCACUUGUAUGUAUGUAUUAAUGAAUGGAUGAAUUAAUUAAUCAAUUUAAUACAGAGUUGUGGUGCAUUAUUUGGCUGUUGAACAAAAAACUUAAAUAAAAAUUUUAUUUUUUAAUAUUUAGUUCAAUUAACUAUAAAAACAGUUUUUUUUUUAGUUUUUUAAACUAUAAGUUUAUUUUUUUGUAUUGUUUAUCAUACCUACAUGAAGUAUUGAUUUCGUUUUCUUUGAAUGGUAUGUCAAUGUAGAUACCAUAAUUAUGAACAAAUAGUAUGAAGCCUGAAAAAAAAGUUAUAUAUUGUACGUGAUUAUCCAUCUAAUGCGUGCAUUGGUAGAAACAUCAAUUCCUUUGGUGCACAAUUGGCGUUUUCAAGAUUUUAAUUUUUUUUUCUCUCUUAACGUUAUCUACUAGGCACGUUAGUGACAAUGAAUUUUAAGUUAACGGUUCUUAAUAACAUGAGGAAAUCUCAAAGUUAAUGUUUUCUUUGGAUGCUGUCAAAGGUACCCGUGGAGGCUAUGAUGAUAAUUAAAAAAAUGGAGGGAACCAAAUGUUGAAGUACUGCUUGUUUUCUAACUAGUAUAUCUUUGUACAGCAGACAUUUGUACAUUGAGGCAGAUAAAACUAAACUGUAUUAAAAGUGUGAAUCUGAUUAAUUCAAGUGUGCUAAAUAUCCUAAAUGAAAUGAGCUAAGUAUGAUCUCAAAAAUAAGACAACUUCAAGUUAAAGGUGAUCUCAUAUGUAAAGUAGAACUGUAGCAAAUCGUAUGUAUUCGUUACUGAGUAACGGGUGCGCCGUCUAUAUACGAGUAACGAAACUUUACACACGGCUGCAUUUCGUUACUCGCAUGUUUCGUAUGUUUCACGCAUGCGCGCGCAUAUUCGAUGAAUUUACGUUACAAAGAACGAUGUUUGUUUAUUAAGUAAAGUAUAAUUUGGAAAUUCGUCAUCCAAGUUUUUUUUUACUGUUUAUUAAAGGUAUUGUGUGUGUAGACAAAGUUUGAGAUUGGAACAGAAACAACGUAAGAAAGUAUUUUUUACAAAUUAGAAAUAUGUAUGUUUUUGUUUUUUAUUAUAGCGAAUUUUGACGUUUUUAUUAUUAUCUUAAAAGAGAUAAUAUAAUAAGGCCGCUCUAAUGAGAUUUAAUUGUUUCUUGGUUAAGAAAAACUGUUAAUUAUCAAAUAUUGUUAAUUGUAUAUAUUCUAUUUAUUAUUAUUUACGCGACGUCAUAUUGUACGCGUACGCAAUACGACUCGAUUCGUUGCAUGUUAUGCGGUAUCAGAAGUAACGAGUAACGAUAAAAUAGUAACGAGUACUGAUUGUUAUAGUAACGAAUACAUACGGGUACACUUUUUUCGUUACUUUUACACCUCUAAUGUAAAGUGAGCUCAAAUAUUAGACAACCUCGUUUCGAACCCUGCGUUCGCAAAAAUUCGAGAUAGCUGCAGUCUUUGAUUGUAUCUCUUAUAGAGUUGCCCCCUGUGAAAAUUAUACAAAAAAAAGUUCCUUCAGUUUUGUAGAGAGUUAUAGUUUACUGAUAUAACAUUUUGUCAGAAAUUUUCUGUACGACUAAAUUUUCUGUAUGAACCAGUGCAGCAAAAUUGUGAAACGUUUGGACCCUCCCAAAAGCAAAAAUUGUGUUAAAACUACAUAUUCAUUCCACCACUUGGGUACACACGUCAUAUUUACGUGUCCCUUGCGAUGAGAUUUUACAUUUUGUAAAUGCAAUAUUUGACAACCUAAGUUUUUUGACGUGACGUCUAAUAAAUCUAUGAACGCCGGCUGCAUGCACGAAAAAGUGUCCCGUAGCACACAUUGUCCCACUACGGAUGUCCCACUACGGAUGUGUCCUAUUAUGCUCAUUGUACGCAUGCGUGGCAUCUCUCUUCCACUCGAUUGGAACAACCAUCGAUUUGACUUUUCAAUCAUAUUUUCAUUGUUUGAAUUAUUAAUAUUAUGUAAUUUAACGAUCGUCCACUGAUUUUCAGCACAAUCGGUACGGUUAUUAAUUUCCCGCCUACCACUAUAUGAAAUAAACAUGGCGGACUACAUACUUUUUUAAAACUUCCACAACACAAAACAAAAUGUUAAAUAUAAAUAUAUAUAUAUAACAUCUGAAACAAUUGUUUCCAAUAUGGCCUCGUGGCCUUGCGGUUAGCAUCGCUGAUUACCAAUCCAAAAGUUGACGGAGCGAAUCCCGGCCGCUGCAAUUCUUUCAUUUUUGUACUUGUAAAAAUAAAUACGGUGCACGUGACACUACAAAAGUAAUAAAUAUAUUUGAAUUAAUGAAUGCAAAUAAAAGUAAAUUUAUCAAUUAAAUUGUAGAUUUCAUUUCACUCCUCCUUUGUAUCCAUACAAAAUAGUGAUGAUUCAAUAAAAAAUAUUCGAUUUUAUUCAUAAAAGUAUGCAGAGGUAGAUUUUAUCAUACCAAAGAUUGAAAAAUUAAAAAAAAAAUUUCUUCCUCAAAGAAUAUAAUAUUUUUAAUGCCUAAAUGGUUUGGUUGCAAAAACCUAUUACUGCACAGUCUCAGGCCGAAUAUGAUAUUUAAUUUUCUUCUGGAUCAAUCAUUUCAUCAAUGUUUUGUUAUGACGUCACGUUAAACUAUCGUCCGUAAACCAAAUUUACAGAAAACCAAUUUUUUUUAGUAUGAGUGAUCCAAUGAAUGAAUUGAGGCUUAUGUAUCGUCAGCAUCGAUGUCAUUAGAGAAGAUAAGUGAGUAAAAAGAUAUGACGGCAGCAGCGAUUGAAUCCAUUGUUAGAAAAAAAAACAGGAGUACCCUGAGAAAACCCAUCAACUCGGGGCAUCAUGCAUGCACCAUGUUCACCCACCUGCGAAAAAUAUUUUUUUUUUAUGUUUUACUUCCUUCUGAAUCGAAACUAUUUCGGGUUGCUAUAAAUAAAAUGAUCUGAGCUCUUAAUUGGCCUGUCUAAUCAGGGGUGUCUUUAUGUUAGUGAGGCGGGAUGAUAAAUGCAAUGCUCGUGGUGCUUCUAGCACGUUAUUGCAUCUAAGAGCAAGGCUGUGGACUGGCACGCAGUUUUGUCGUUGUGCAUAGGACAACUUUGAGAUUUGAUUGGUAACAAUAACAUUAGAUGGCGGAGAUAUUAAGAUAAGGUGUAAUGCGAGUCCCAAAAGUGUUUUCAAGGAAUCUCUACCAGGAUUUUCAGCUAUAAAAAUUAUUCUGAAACAUGCAUUUUAGCCAUUGUCAUUCUUCUAAAAAUACUUUUUAAAAACUAAAUAUGGAAACAGAACUACUCAUUCGCUCUCAGCCUAUGCUUUAAUGUUUUUUGUAAACAGAUACCACUUGUUUAUUUUAAGCAAUUUUUAAAUCACGUGGUUUUUUUCUGAAGUACUGCACAGAUAAGCAGUUGGCCCUUAACCAUCGUAGCCCCUUUUAUGAUUAAAAUGGUACCCAAUUAUAAAGCUACAAUCAUUAAGUAGCUGUAAAACUAGCAAUGAAAAAAAGAUAGCAAACUGACCAACAACUGUUGAUGAAUGAAAGAAAGAAUGAAUGAAUGAAUGGUUUUUGUUUCGAAGUCUUUGAUAAAUGAGAAGUUAAUUGUAUACACAUUAACUUUGACAGGUUAUUGAUAAAAUUAAUACGAAAUUCUCUACAUACAAAAAGGACUUGUGAACAAUGUUACAAUUAAAAAAUAAAGCCUUGGUCAAAUGCUUUUGUUUAUUAACCAAUUAAAAAUAAUAUUAAUUGAUAGUAACAGUAAUAAAGUUUUUUUACAUUGUUUUACAUUAUUUGGGAUUUCUUCAUCGGACUUUUUGUAUCUUUUAAAUAUUGCAUUAAGUUUCCUGGAAAACUUUUAAAAACAUUUUAGAGUGCUGUAUUGUGAUCCUUUCAGAAUUCAGAGUGAAUUAGUACUGAAUAAGAGAUACGAUAGUGAAAUUUUUGAAUUAAAAUUGUUCCUACUCAAACAGCAAAUGGCUUGCAUGUAUUAAACUGUACAAUUUAUCAGGCUGAAUCUGCUCUUUAGACUUUUUUUUUUUAAUUUUACUUUAUAUUUUGGCAAUUAUAGCCAUGUUUUGUGUUUAUUUUCUUUUAUUAAUAUUUUAAAAUUAUUUAGAAGAGAAAGUGGAGUGAUUUACUAGGUAUAUACAUGUUAUUGUUUAUAUAUUUUUAUUGUUAUUGUAUUAUAGUAACAAAAUAAUGUUGUGUAAUCAUGUUACAUUGUGACAUUAUUUUGUUGUUGCAUUGUAGGAUUAUAGUGAAAAAAAGUUUUUACUGUACAGGAUGUUUUCAUAAUGUAUUGCAAGUGUUGUAAAAAAAAAUUUUCACUAUAUAGUUACAAAUGCUUAGAAAUUUUUGAAGUACUCCCCUCUUGUAUCUACACAUUUUUCCCAGCAAUUUUCUCAGGCCUCUAUGGCUCUAUCCAGAGCGGUCGUCAUGGCAGUUUGGAUUGUCUCAUUGCUGUCAAAACUGUGUCCUUUGAGGGCGUUAUUAAUCCUCGAAAACAAAAAUAAGUUUGCUCGAGCCAAGUUGGGAAUGUAAGGGGGCUGGGGCACUGUUGCGUUGUGCUUCGCCAGGAAUUCACUGACGCGCAGAGUGGUGUGAUGGAGCACCCGAGUGUGCACUGUGGCUGUUUGAAGGUUCCGUGUCUGUGCAAUCAUCCUAACACUCAUUCAACGGGUCAGAGUUCAACAAUUCAAGCACACGAGUCACAUUUUCGGUGGUGUGGCUGCUUGAUGCCGUCAAGGGCAGGGGUUGUUGGUCAACUCUUCCCGUCCUUCCUCAGACAUCUUCAACCACCUUGAAACUUGUGAAGAUGAUAGAGCAGAGUCCCUGGUAUAACCGUCAGGGGCUUAGCUAGGGGGGGGGGUUAGGGGUUCAAACCCCCCCCUUGGCACCAAAUCUUUAAUUAAUUUCUUAUUUAUCACUCAAAAAAAUUUCAUAUUAAAAUUAAUAAAAUUUUUACCAUUACAUUAUUUAAAUUUAAGUACCGAAUACUGCUAAAAUAGCACUAUUUUACACCUUAAAAUCCAAAUUUUCCCGGGGGUGGACCGCCGGACCCCCCCGCUUUAAUACGGCCGGGAGGGGAGGGGGCAUGCUUUUUAACACCCCCCAUACACAAAUCCUGGCUACGCCACUGAUAACCGUUACAGAGUUUGGUGCAGAACUCGAUUAUGUACCUUUUUUCGAUCGUUUGUUCUGUCGUGACAUGUUGUUUGCUUUGAGGAAAGUUCCACCAAUUCAACGGUACUGACACAAUGAUUGCUCGGAGCGGACUGACCUUGGGCACGUUGUGAAGUAAAAGUAUCCCGCCUCCCCCCCCCCCUUCCCGACCCCCUCAUCCAGCCCCCCAGUAGAUCGAACACGCUGCAAAGUACAGUCGCUUCACAAGAAAACCACUUGCAUUACUUAAAGAACAAACCCUGUAGUCAUGAUUUGUGUGGUCUUUAUUGUGUUUUUUUUUAACCAUCUGCAUGUAUGUUUCGAAUACCUGUAAAAUUGUGCUACAUUGAAAGACUUUUUGGUGUACUUAAUAAUAAUAAUAAUAAUAAUAAUAAAAAUAAAAUAAUGCAUGUAUAUAGAGUUUAUGUUCAAACUGUAUUGACAAUGCUUACCAGGUUAUUCCUUACAAAAAAAUUUAGAAAAUAUUAUUUACAAUUUUUUUUUCCAUAAAAGAAUGAAAUUUUAUAAACAAUUUUUUAUCAAGCACCAUAAACUAUUUACUGUUAAGCUGAGAUGACAGUAGCCUUUUGCAAACACUGCCGACUACAUAUUAUUUCAAUAGUUUCCUCGGUAGUUGCGAUCACUGAUGCUUCACGCUCAUACGGCCAGGGUUGUUGUGGUUUUGAUCCCAACUUCCCAGCAUGCCUCAUAUUCAUGAGCACUGAGUCGGUAACCAAUUAAAAAGAGCUUCAAUUGAUUUGCUUAGUCGAAGCUUUGCACAGGCUUUGUAAACCAUUAAAUAAAAAAAAUACUGCAAAAUAUAAUUUUAGAAAUAUUAAAACGAGACUUUCAUUGGUAAUCAAUAACUUUAAGAAAAUAAUUAGAACUAAUAAAUAAACAUGAUAUUAAUUUGACAAAUCAGAAGAAAAUAUUAGACUUUUAUAGAGAUAGAAUUUUGAAUCACACUAAAUAAAGUGAAUACAAAGUAAAACUUCAAAACAAAUACAAUCAUGUGACUCUGGGAUAAUACUCCUCUAACAUGACUAUCACAUUGGAGACAUAAAUCAAAUUUAAUAUGGUGCUAAUGUUGUAUUAGUACAUCAGCAUUAAUGCCAGGACAUAAAUUAAUUCUCAAAAAUUAAUGUAACUACCGAGUUUAACUCUAUUUUUCAGGACUGAUUAACUCCACUCGAAGGUAGAAAUACUGAACUUGGCUCGACAUGACCCAAAAAGUGGCAUAUUUGCAAUACAUCACAAAAUUUUUAAACAUACGGAUCCAUUAAACUGAAGAAAUUCUGUAAAGGUUGCUCGAUUCACCUACUAGGAUUGUGCAAUAGUCAUGUUUACAAGUGUCUAGUGUGAACAGUUAGGUUUUUCGUUAAUUAAAUAAUAUUUUAUUAAAUAGGAUUAAGUGUUCUUAGUGAAAUAGUAAACCAACUUUGCAGAUAUGUCAUUGAGCUUGUUGGUUGAAAUUAGCAAAAAACUGAGAUGCCAUUUACUAGCUGUGUUAUUACUGUUCAAAUACAAAAGAAAUGUUAAGUAAUGAAACAGUAGUAUUUUAACUGUUAUGGGGGUUUCAAUUAAAGUGUUAUCUCGGAAAAGCAAAUGCUAGUAGUAUUCGUUAACUUAAAAAUAAAAUAAAAACAUAAUUGCAAUUCUGCAAAACAUAUUCUAUAACUGAAAGUAAUUUGUGUAUCACCAAAAUGCAGUUCAGAUUCAUAAAAAGUAUAUAUCAGAAGUAGACUGUAUUGACAUAAACAUAGGCAUACAUUAAUAAGUUACAUCUAGAAGUAUGCAUAAAUUUUCCUGCCAAUAAGUUUAAUAAUUUUGUUUUAACUUCCACUCUUGCUUUAACCUUUUUUAUUAAGUUAUUUUGGUUACAAUUUAAAAAAAAAUUGGUUUCAAUUUUAGUGUUAAUAAACAUAAUUAGCAUUACAUUUUUUGUUUGAAAAAGGGUAGUUUGCUACUAUUUAGGUUAAGCAGUAAAUGCAACUUGCAUUAUGUAUUCCAGCAAGGGAUUUGCUAUCAAUAUAUGUGUGUUUUAAUGAUUUUAAUUUUAUAUUAAUAGAAUUUAUUUUAAUUUUAAGGUUAUGCUUCCCUUAAAUAAAAACAAAUGAGUUGCUUCCAUCUGUGUCUAUAAUGUGUAGAUGGACGGUACGUUAAUAAUGUAGCACAUUUUUACAUGCAGAUUUGUUGGUGUUUUAUAUAUAUCUAAUAGAAGUAUGUACUGGCCAGUAUUUUGAGUUUGUAUUUCAUGUAUUCACCAAAAUCGAAGGAAAGAAAAUAUGUAGUAGUUAGUGUAGGUAUGAAGGGCUCUUCAUUUUCAAACAUAUUAUAAAAUGCUAUAUAACAUUACUCUUUGCAUGCAUGUAAAUACAUUUUUCAGUGUCAGAUUUUAUGUUUUUAAAUUACUAUUGCAACAAGGGUAAGAUUAUCAUAUCACCAUCAUCUCGUGUAUUUUCAAAAUAUGUGCAUUUGUUUGAAGUUUGAGUUCCAUUUGUGUAUAUGCAUACACACUUUCAAAUUGUUCCUUCUUCAUUUUGGAGUGUUCUUUAGUAGCAUAGUACAGCACGGUUGCUAACCUCCCAGUGAUAAGGCUCUGGUAGGUUUAAGCGUGAAAAUUUUGAUUGUGAUAAUGAAAGAUUUUGAAUAAUUGUAAUGUCAAAAGAGGUUUUUUUCCCAAAGUGACUUACUAGUCAUUGCCAUGUAGAGUAUUUCAAAUGUGGUGAUCCUGUUUUAUCUAAGCUUUGCUGUUUUAUAUCUGUGUUUUCUAAAGUAUUGUUUGUUAUUAUUAUUUUUUUUAGUGUUUAAUUUGUCAGUGUAUGUAUCUAGUGUUACUGGCAAAAUAAAGAAUAUAUGUUAA